AUGGAGAGAGUUUCGAGAAAGGGGGCCGUCUUGGAUGGUGGGGGCGGUGAAGGGGCGGAGGUGUGGGACGAGCUGGGGGUGGGGGGGGCGCGAGGGAUUGUUCGUCGGGUCGAUCUGGCGGAGCAGAGUAGGUUCGAGAUCGAUGUCCCGGGAGGUUGCCUGGGUGUGAGUGUAGGGGAUAGGUGCUUGGGAUGCGGAGAGAAUCGGGGGGCGGGGGCUGAGAGAAAGAAGCGGCUUGGGGUGGGAGGAAGGGCUGGCGGGUUGUGGGGGGGUAGUCGGGGGGGUGGGGCGGGCCUGGGGGAUGUAGGAUUUGGGAGAAAGCUGGGUUGCUCGGAGACGGAUGGGGGUUUUCGACGGGGGCGUUGUGGGGGUACGGGGGGAGAUGCGCUGGCGGUGGAGCGGGGGUGCGAGGGGGGAGAGACGCAUAGUAAAACUUGGUGGGUCCUGGUGAGCCUCGGGGUUUGGGGCGCCGUGGUCGCUCAUUAUGGGAGGAAGGAAGCUAUGGUUGGGGAGGGGUGGAGGGGGUGGGGGGGGGGUGGGGAGCAGGGGGGGCUAUUGGGGGCCUCGGGGGGGGGGGGGUGA